AUGGCUAAGAAAGCUAAAAAGAAAGAUGUAGAAGAAGUUAAAGAUAGGAAAGAGAAGAAAGUAGUUGAAAAGGCAGAAGUAAAAGACAGUAAUAGUGUUUUGACUCUAGCAUCAUUCGUCUCUCUAGUAGCAUUUGCAAUGUUAUGUAUGAUUGUAUACAAUAUCUAUACAGAUGUCGUUCAUGUCCCAGAAAUGCCUACAUUUGAUUUGAACAGACGUUGGGGGCCAAAUACUACGACACCUGAAGAUACAUCUAUUAGACCUUAUCGCAUUGUGUUUAGUGAUUCUAUGAAUUUAGAAAUACGAUGGCUCUUUGAGAUGUAUAGAAGAUACGAGAUGAAGAAGAGCUUUAACGACACAGCAUGGACAUAUGGAGUACAUUCAGAAGCAUUUUCGAAAAUAUUUAACCAUUGGAUUUUUCACUACGAUUUUGCGAACCGAGAAAGAUAUUUAAAUCAAUUCGAACAAUACAAGACUAAGAUUCAAGGGUUGGAUAUUCAUUAUAUCCACGUGAAGCCUAAAGUGGAGGUCAAUGUUAAGGUUCUGCCUCUCCUACUGUUGCAUGGAUGGCCAGGCUCGAUCAGAGAGUUUUACGAAGCGAUACCCUUGUUGACCACUGAGAGACCGGGAUACAACUUUGUAUUUGAGGUCAUCGUUCCUAGUUUACCCGGCUUUGGGUUUUCGCAGGCUCCAGUCCGUCCGGGCUUGUCUCCGCAUCAAAUAGCAAUUAUAAUGAGGAAUUUGAUGCAAAGGCUUGGUCACAAACAGUAUUAUGUUCAAGGUGGGAACGUUGGUCACAUAAUUGGAUCACACAUGGCCACUAUAUUCCCUGAAGAAGUGAUUGGUUUCCACUCUAACUUUCCUGUCAACUUUUCGAAGUAUGCUCAGUGGGUUUGGGUGUUGGGUAGUAUUUGGCCAACAUUUGUCGCCAAUGAGAAUGUGGAUCGAAUGUAUCCUUUGGGCCAAAAACUGAAGUUUUAUUUGGAAGAGUUUGGGUUCCUGCAUCUGCAAGGGACUAAGCCGGAUACUAUUGGUGUGGCUCUCCAAGAUUCUCCAGCAGGUCUUGCAAGCUACAUCCUCGAUAGGAUCAUGAUCUUCACGGACCCAGCCAAUAAGCUCGACCCUGACGGUGGCAUGGAGAAAUACUACACCUACGACCAACUCCUGGACAAUAUCAUGCUGUACUGGAUUUCUGGGAGCAUCACAACUUCUAUGAGAAUUUAUAAGGAAAUUUUUGAAGACAGUGAUAUGGAGAAGAUAAUUGAACUAAUUCCAACUUCAGUGCCGACAUGGGGAGCUCGAUUCAAGAAUGACCUGGCAUACACUCCAGACUUUCUUCUAAAAUGGAAGUACCCCAACUUGUUAGGUACUUCGAAUUACAACGUAGGAGGACAUUUAGCUGCUUUCGAGAGGCCGAAAGAGUUUAGUGAGAGCAUUUUCCAAGCCGUCAAAGCAUUUGUGGCAUUCUCAAAAUAA